AUGACCUACUUUUAUGUUGUUUACCUUAGGCUCUGCAGAUCAGAGAGCUGGGAGGUCAAACUGAUAGGAAAGAACAGCCUGUUGCGUGAUGGCAGAGAAAGUGAGAGAAGAGGAGCAUGGUGUGCCCAUAGCCUUUGGCACGGAUAAAAAGAAAAAAGAACAACUAUUGAAAGUGAUGGGAGAGAAAGUGAGAGAAGUGGAGCAUGAUGUGCCCAUAGCUUUUGACACUAAGUAUAAAAAGGGGAUAGAACAUCUAUCGAAAGGAGAAGAUAUUAAAUAUGUUGUUUCCAUUUUUUAUGCCAGAGAAGACAAACAGGAGGUAGAAAAACUGUCUAAAGAUUUAGCAGGACAAGGGGUGACUUGUAUGUUGAUUGAAAGUGACCCUCUACAUGGAUUGAGAGAAAAGGAUAUGAUUUCUUAUGCCUUGAAACAAUCCAGGAGGAUACUGCUGUAUAUAACUACACAUAACCUCCAAGAUUGGAGGUAUGAAACAGAAAGGAUAAUGUAUGAAGUAAUGUCACAGCAAAAACAAGUCAUCCCUGUAUAUAGAGACAUCACCAGUGAAGAACAGAGAAUAGAACCUUUGCCCUUGAGACAUUUGAUACCCAUAGAUAGCAGAAAGGAAGGAUUUUUGAAACAUUUGUCAAUGAGGAUCAAAGGGGAAGAAUAUGAUGUGUCCAUUUUUUAUGACAAAAGAGAUGAAAUGGAGGUAGAACAACUAUCUCAAGAUUUAGCAGGACAAGGGAUGACUUGUAUGUUGAUUGAAAGUGACCAUCUACUUGGAGUUAGAGUAGAGGAUAUGUUUGAGUAUGCCUUGAAACAAUCCAGGAGGAUACUGCUGUACAUAACUACACAUUACCUGCAAGAAUUUUCUUGGAAGUAUGAAGCAAAAAGAUUAAAGCAUGAAGCAAUGCCACAGGAAAAAGUGGUCAUCCCUGUAUAUGGAGACAUCACCAGUGAAGAACAGAGAAAAUUACCUUUGCCCUUGAGACAUUUGAUACCCAUAGAUAGCAGAAAGGAAGGGUUUUUGAAACAUUUGUCAAUGAGGAUCAAAGGUAAUAUCCCUGAGUAUUAA